GUUCAAUACAUGUUUGUUACAAUGGAUUUAAUUAUUAUUUGGAUUAUUAUAAUAUCGGCAAUAUUAUUGUUUAUUUUUGCUUUAAGCGUUAUAAUUUAUUGUAUAUGUUGGGAAUCAAAAAACCCAGGAAUCCAACAUUUCUAUAUCCUAGAAGAAGGCGGCCUGAAAAAAACAACAACAACAAACUCUCUGAGUUCGCUCAACUUUUUCCGAAAUUUCACCAGUUCUAGCACCUUGAGGGACAACAAUGUGUUUACUUCCGAUAAUUUACCAAUAAUAAAUCUGGAAAGAAACUACGAAAUCGUGGACGAAAAGGAGUCGAAGUUGGUUGAUUCCAUGGAGGUGGAAAAAAAAUUUAAUGAUUCCAUUUUGGUUAUAGAUCGUCAAAAUAGUAAAAAAGAUGACAUGGAAUCGUGUAUAAGCGAAGAUUCUAGGCACUCUUUUUAUUCUACUUUUUCACCAUUCACCCGCCAAAAUUCUGAAGCCGAUAACUAUGCAAGCUUAGAAUAAUCAUUUUAUUAAAUUUUAAACUAAUUUAUUAUUUAUUUUGUAAUUUUUUAAUAAACAAUUU